CAUUUCAGAAUAUGUCUUCCAAAUCUCGAGUAAAAUUCACAGAUCACCAGCGAAAGAAAUUAAUUCAGUACUACAAAGAUGGUUUGAAAACUACCAACAAAAAUAAUCAUAGCAAAAUUGAAGAGGUUGCGAAAGAAUUGGGUUUGGUGUACAAGAAUGUGAAGAUGUAUUGUAUACCCAGGCUGCAGUUGGAACCAGCACUUUGGGUGAAACUGAAGUGCCUUGAAAAGUGGGUUCGAGAGGCCCUUGAUACUGCAUAUUGCGCUUCCACUGGUAGGGCUCGUUUCCCUUACAGCGAUCACCACAAAGGGAUGGUCACUGUUCAUGGCCUACCUGAUGGACUGCAAAUACCACACUCUAUGGGGAGCAUAGGGAAGGCAAAGAUGGCAGAACUCCUGGCAGUGAUUACGUAUUUAAAGUUUGUGUUAAACAUUUUACAUGACUAAAGAGACAAAGAGACAAUAAACAAGAGCUGAGAUCAACUUGAUGAGCUGUCGUUGUCGUUGGUCUUUCGUUAUGACCUCUAGUAUGUCACAGGUACCGGUGAUGGAUGAUGAAGACACCCUCGGCAUAGAUGAAGAAGAAUCUCUACCAUUGACAAACACCAGUGAAGUUCAACUCAGUGGCAGUGCUACAGGUAAGCAUUUAUAUUAAGGUGUUAUUUGAAAACGUUAGGUUUUGUAGUGCAAUGGUCACCACUCCGCCGUCCCAGUAACGUCAGAGCAUUGCUUACAAUUAUUGUUAGAGAUAUUCCUCAAUCAUUGCGGUGCAAUUAAUUCUUUCUUAACUAUUUUUAUCCAACUAUGCUCAAUCACUUUGCGGGAGGUGGGGUUGGAGUUGCUCCAGUUUUACCCUUGCCUAUACCAUGACCAGCAGUAUUUUCAAAGAAAUCUUCCAUUCAAGAUAAGGAGGGCAGUGCGUUCAAGAAGUCGGUGAACCCAAGGUAUUCCUGUAACUGCUGAAGCUACUGCUCUCCAUUUAGGAAACUUAAUUGGACUGAGGGAGUCAGCUGGGAGGAGGAAUUGGGAGUUCGGAUGAAGAACACAAAAUCCAGGGUUGGCAUGAGAAAGAAGAAGUCAGCGAAACUGGAUGCGGAUGAGCAAUUAAGCGAAGAUGUAGCCAAACUUACAGCUUCGAACCAAGGUAUAGUCGAGAAGAUCUACAAGCACCGAAAAAAUAAGGGUGUUCUUGAAUAUCGAGUGAAGUGGGUUGGCUAUGACGGUCCACAAGAUGAUACAUGGGAACCACUCCGCCACCUCACGAGUGAACACUCACAAGCCAUGCUGAGAGAUUAUCUGACUUCUUCAAGUGCCAAAUACGCCAGUAUACAUGCAGACAUGAUGAGUUGUUUAAUUAUGUGACAA